AUGACGCGAGCAGUUCUGAUUUGCGGUGCGACAGGAAAGCAGGGCGGUGCCGUUAUCAACCGCCUCGUGGAACAGAAUGCCGACUUUGAGAUACUCGCCGUCACCAGAGACGCAAAAUCCGGAUCCGCCCAACGUCUCUUGAAAAAGUCGCCCAAGAUUCGCCUCGUUCAGGGAGACAUGGCUGAUCCGACGGCGCUUUUCAAGACUGCGCACGAAGUUGCUACGUCUCCCAUCUGGGGAGUCUUCAGUGUUCAGGUUCCCAUGGGCUUCGGCCAAGGCGGGGGCGGCGAGCUAGGCCAAGGAAAAGCUCUCGUCGACGCAUCCCUCAAGGCCGGCGUCGAGUUCUUCGUCUACGCCUCCGUCGAGAGACACGGCGCGGAGAACGCGACCAACGUGCCCCAUUUCGCCCACAAGCACGACAUUGAGCAGCACCUCUUCAACAAGUCCAAGGGGACCGACAUGGAGUGGGUCGUCCUCCGACCGGUGGCCUUUAUGGAUAACCUCAUGGACAACUUCGUUGGUAAAGUGUUUGUGACGUCGUGGGCGAUGGCGAUCAAGGACAAGCCGCUCCAGCUCAUCGCUGUCAGCGACAUUGGCUAUGUCGGCGCCGAGGCGUUCCUGCACCCGGACAAGUACAAGGGCCGCGGCAUCUCGCUCGCCGGCGACGACUUGACGCUCGAUCAAUUUGCCGCGGUGUUCAGGAAGAAUACGGGAAAGGAGCUCCCUAGCACAUACAGGAUUUUUGCCUGGCUUAUCAUGACCUUGGUCAAGGACUUUGGGUACAUGUUCAAGUGGUUUUAUGAUGUGGGAUAUGACGUUGACAUUGCGGCGCUGAGAAAGGACUAUCCUGGGCUCAAGGACUUUGAGACUUGGUUGAAGACGGAGAGUGAGAAUGAGAGCGGAGGAAAAUGUAUCGUGAAGGGCAUUCGUGGCCACUGGCGUCUGGAAAAUGAGGCCUCUAUCUUGCGCAAAUACCAGGCUAUGAGUCCCUUGUUUCGCCCACUUGAGGAUGAGAUUGUGGACCCAGCCGACCCACCAUCCAUCGUCUUGAGAUAUCUUGACAGCGACCUCCGUGCAGAGUCAAAUCGACAAAGGCUAUGGCGACCUGAUAUCAAAAAGGUGGCUAAAAGCGUGCUGGAAGCCCUCCGCAUCUUACACCGGGACGGCAUGGUCCAUACUGACAUCAAAUUGGACAACAUAUUUGUGUUUGUGAAUCUCGGUCAGCAAGGUGACCAUGAACGAUUCACCUCCAUCCAGCUAGGGGAUUGUGGGGGCGUAGUCUCCAAGAACUCCAAAUUUGCCACGGAGCCGGGCCACUUGAUCGGCGCGAGUUUCACCCGCAGCCCCGAAGCACAGCUCGGUCUCCCAUGGGGGACCUCGACGGACAUUUGGUCCUUUGGAAACGCCAUUCUCACCCUAUUGUACGGGGGAGGGUUUCAUCUCUUCAAUCCUGCCAAUGAGGGUUGCGAACCCGAAGAUGAACACUAUGAAUUGAUGGUACUAGCCCGGAUGUACCGCUAUUUUGGUCCUUUCCCCGAUUCCUUCCAGGAGAUCGCCGACGACAAUGCCGAGCGCAUUAUCGACUUCAUUCACAGCAUGGGUCCCCCAACGAAACCCUUUCCUCGAGUCACGCGUCGCGAGAUACCGCCUGCCGACCGGGAUUUCAUCCUUAAGAUCAUGAAGCUGGAUCACCGUGACCGCCCCACCGCCGAUCAACUCCUGGAGGACGAAUGGUUUAGCGAGAAGUCUGAGGACACGCGAGAGCCGCUGCCUCCCAGAAAAGAAAAGCCUGUAGAUUAA